UAGUGAGGGAUUUAGCUCCCCUCGUCAUUUUGGUUCUUUAUAUGUUUAUAACGACAUUGGGAAGCUAGAGAGGAUGCUGCUGAUGAUCCUUUUCUCAUCCCCUAUAUAUGUCCUUUUUUUGCUGUAGAAUUUAAUUUAUGCUGCCAAUGUCAUUGCAGGGGUGAGCAACUAUAUAGAGGCCAUCCCGACUUGACUUUGGGUUUAGUAGUUACCCUCUUGCCUGAGGGAUAUCAGAUCACUCUUGCCCUGGACGAUGAUGACCAACCCUCCACCGCGGAAGAAACCAGUUAAAUGUCACGAGGCACUCAUUUUUGUCCGCAAAAUCAAGACAAGGUUUCCAGGUGAUCCUCAAGUUUUCAAGUCGCUUUUCGGGGCUCUGCAAAGGUUCCGGAAUGGGCAUAUGCCCAUAACAGAGAUUAGUUCUUUGUGGGCAAAACCACAGAGAUCGAGAUAUGGUGAGACCAACAGGAAGUGGUAGUGCAGCACAGAAGCUUGGGAUGAAUGAUGCAUUGUCUUAUUUGAAGAAAGCAAGGUGGAUAUUACCUCAGGACAAAUAUGAUGACUUACUUCAGGUUCUGAAAGAUAUGAAAGCUGGAAGAACUGACACUAGCGGCGUGACCACAAGGGUCAAGGCCUUGAUGGAUGGACAUCCUGUCCUGAUCAGGGGGUUUAAUGCCUUCUUGCCUAAGGGAUAUGAGAUUGAUCCUCCUCCUCCUCCUCCUCGGCCGGAGGUCGAACAACAGCGUCGACAGCAAUUUGACGAAGCAGUCGACCUCGUUGAUAGAGUUAAGACAAGGUUUGCUGGUGAUCGUGGCGUUUACCACUCCUUUUUAGAUAUUUUGAACACGUACAGAAAGAAUCACAAAACCAUGGCACAGGUUUAUGAGGAGGUAGCUGCACUUUUCAAAGACCACCAGGAUCUGCUUCAAGACUUCGUUCGUUUUUUACCCGACGAUGGCAAUUUUGGCGCUGAGCAUCAAGUUGGCGAGGGGGAUGAUGGUAAGAGUGGGUGUGAAAGGUUGUUGGAUUGCUUGGAUGCCACCAAGUGUAAAUGUAAACAUUUGAAAUAAAAACGUACGUCUUGCUCCCCAAUAGUUGGCCUAGCUAAUUUUGCUUCUUUCAAAUUAGGUUGUGACUUUCGUAUGGGGUGCUUUAUGUUACGGCUUUGUCUUCAAAAAAAAAAAAAAAAAAAAAAGAUAUUCGGUUUGUGCUUCACAACAAUG